UUCCGGGUUCGGCGAGUCGGCGGCGGCGGCAGCGCGCAGGGCAGGGCGCGAGCCGGAGUCGCCGCCGCGGCCGCUCGCACCGCCCCCUCCGCGCCCCUGGGCACGCCCGGCACCGCCUCCCGGCCCGUGUCCCCCUCCUGCCGCUCGGCUCGGGCUCGGCCAGCUCUGAUCGCGGCGCCGGCGGUGGCCAGCGGGCGAGGAUGCCGUACGAGAUCAAGAAAGUGUUCGCCAGCCUCCCCCAGGUGGAGAGGGGCGUCUCCAAAAUCCUCGGCGGAGACCCCAAGGGCAACAAUUUUCUCUACACCAAUGGAAAGUGCGUCAUCCUGAGGAACAUCGAUAACCCCGCCCUCGCCGACAUCUACACGGAGCAUGCGCACCAGGUAGUGGUGGCCAAGUACGCGCCCAGUGGCUUCUACAUCGCCUCCGGAGAUGUGUCCGGGAAGCUGCGGAUCUGGGACACCACGCAGAAGGAGCAUCUCCUGAAGUAUGAGUACCAGCCCUUCGCGGGCAAGAUCAAGGACAUUGCGUGGACGGAAGACAGUAAGAGGAUCGCCGUGGUCGGGGAAGGAAGGGAGAAGUUCGGAGCCGUGUUCCUGUGGGACAGUGGCUCGUCCGUGGGUGAGAUCACCGGCCACAACAAGGUCAUCAACAGUGUGGACAUCAAGCAGAGCCGGCCCUACCGCCUGGCCACUGGCAGCGAUGACAACUGCGCCGCCUUCUUUGAGGGGCCUCCGUUCAAGUUCAAGUUCACCAUUGGCGACCACGGCCGCUUCGUCAACUGCGUGCGUUUCUCUCCUGACGGGAACAGAUUUGCCACGGCCAGUGCCGACGGCCAGAUCUUCAUCUACGAUGGAAAGACGGGGGAGAAGGUGUGUGCGCUCGGCGGGAGCAAGGCGCACGAUGGCGGCAUCUAUGCGGUGAGCUGGAGUCCCGACAGCACCCACCUGCUCUCGGCCUCCGGAGACAAGACGGCAAAGAUCUGGGAUGUGGGCACCACAUCGGCCGUGAGCACGUUCACGCUGGGCUCCACCGUGCAGGACCAGCAGCUGGGCUGCCUGUGGCAGAAGGACCAUCUGCUCAGCGUCUCCCUGUCCGGCUACAUCAACUACCUGGACAAGAACAACCCCAGCAAGCCCCUGCGGGUCAUCAAGGGCCACAGCAAGUCCAUCCAGUGUCUGACGGUACACAGCAACGGGGGCCGGUCCUACAUCUACUCAGGCAGCCACGAUGGCCACAUCAAUUACUGGGAUGCUGAGACGGGCGAGAACGACACCUUUGCAGGGAAGGGCCACACGAACCAGGUGUCCCGGAUGACCGUGGACGAGGCAGGGCAGCUGGUGAGCUGCAGCAUGGAUGACACGGUGCGCUACACCAGCCUGGGCCUGCGGGACUACAGUGGACAGGGCGUCGUGAAGCUGGAUGUGCAGCCCAAGUGUGUCGCCGUGGGCCCUGGGGGCUACACCGUGGUCGUCUGCAUCGGCCAGAUUGUUCUGCUCAAGGACCAGAAGAAGUGCUUCAGCAUCGAUAGCCUGGAUUAUGAGCCUGAGGUGGUGGCCGUGCACCCCGGCGGUGACACGGUGGCAAUCGGGGGCGCGGACGGAAAUGUCCGCCUCUACUCCAUCCUGGGCUCCACGCUCAAGGCCGAGGACAAGCUCCUGGAGGCCAAGGGCCCCGUCACCGACCUAGCCUACUCCCACGAUGGCGCCUUCCUCGCCGUGUGCGACGCCAGUAAGGUGGUCACUGUCUUCAGCGUGGCUGACGGCUAUUCGGAGAACAACGUGUUCUACGGGCACCACGCAAAGAUCGUCUGCCUGGCCUGGUCCCCAGACAACGAGCACUUUGCCUCGGGCGGCAUGGACAUGAUGGUGUACGUGUGGACCCUGAGUGAUCCCGAGACCAGGGUCAAGAUCCAAGACGCCCACCGGCUCCACCACGUCAGCAGCCUGGCCUGGCUGGAUGAGCACACGCUGGUCACCACGUCCCACGAUGCCUCCGUCAAGGAGUGGACAAUCGCCUACUGAGGGCCCGCGCCCUCCGGUCAGGGACUGGACGUUCCUGCUCUUGCUCUCCCCUGCCCUGCCCGGAGGGAGGGAGCAGCGCCCGGCCCCUGUCUCCGCAGGGGCUCCUCUCUCUCAGCGUCCUUCUGAAAGCUUUAGACAGUGAGUUUGCACAUGACAGAUAACGAGCACCCGUGCGGUGAGGGGGCCUCCCUGACCCCCAGGGCCAGCCUGAGUGCGGAACAUUCCAGAGGCGGAGCCUCGUAAGCACACCGUCCAGAUCCCCCCGUGGCUCCUGCAUCUGUCGAGGGAGGCUCAACCCACUGCCCCCGAGAAGCUUCCGGCCCCAGCAGUGAGGGGUCCUGGUGGCAGGCCGGCACGCAGGGGCGGAGUGGCGGGGUGCGCCCCGUCAGCCUUGCUUCACCAUCAGUCUCCGUGCUUGGUUUCAGGAAUGGAAUCGUGAGGAUUUUUUAUAUACAUGUCCCUAAUUGUUGCUGUCAGUCCAGCUAGCGGGCAGGGGUCCGGGCCCUGACACCCCGUCCCACCCUCCUGCGUGGAUGUUCUCAUGCGUUUUCUUAACCCCUCCCGCCCCCCAAGAGCAGAGAUUAAUUUAAAGGCAAAGAUGGAGUCGCUGUAAUGUUCCUGUCCAUGUUUUCACUUUUCUUUUUCAGUGCAGAAAUUAAACAGCAGCAAAAAGCCUGGU